CUUUUCACACUUAACACCAUACCCUACCUAACAAUGUCAAGACAUCGUGCUGUACGCAAUCUAAACCUAGACGACGAAUUAGCAGAAGAUGACGAUUAUGAUGUUCAAGAUGCAAAUCCAUACGAUGAUAUAAGUGAAGAUGAUCGGGCGCAAUUGGAAGAUGCAUUGGCGCAAUUGGUUGAAGUAUUGGGUCAACCAGGAAGUGGAUCAGGAUUCACAGAACGAGAGAUGAAAGAUACACUUUGGGACGCAUAUUUUGACGUCGAUCAAUCCGUUGCUACCCUAGUCGAAGAACGAAGCAAAAGGGAACAAAAGGAAAAACGAAAAGCAGACCCUUCAUCCUCACCUGAACCUCCCUUGACUGCACUGCAAAGACUCACAUUGGAGAGAAAGAAUGGCAGUGCGAGAGGUCGGAUAGGGAUGCGAAGUCGGGGAAGAGGUAGAGGAGCUCUUGCCUCAGGUCUUUCGCGGCAUGACGUGCAGACAGAGAGCAGAGGCGAGAAAAGACCUGCUGAACAGACAAGCACAACUGCACAGAAUGCACCAGAAGCAAGCAAUUUAGCAGGAAGGCCUAGCAAACUUGCUGCCCUUGCUGCUGCAAGAGCUUCGAAUCGUCAGAACAAGGCAAAAGGAGAAGCUUCUUAUAGUCCAGCUACUGCGGAAGGUUCUCCCCUCCAGAAUGGAGGAAAACCUCUGACGAAAUUGCAGCAAAAGAUGCAGGCGAACAUGCUCGCAAGAGAACAAAGGCUAAAGGGAGCUCCUUCGAAGGAAGAGGAAGCUAAAGCUCUUUCUGUUGCUGAGAGCCAGAAACGCUUGCACACUCUACCAAACGGAGAAGCAAUCGAUUCACUCUUUCCGGUCACUGCAACUACUUCAAGUGAAGCUAGCGAUGAAUCUGUGUUGGGAAGGCUGACUGCGGAUCAGCAUUCAUCUCUACUGGAUGUGCCUGGCGGAUCACCCUUCCAAGCAAAAGAUCAUCUGGAGGCUUUCACAAAGCCAAGCCCAGACGAUCUUAAGCAACAAGCAAAAGCUUCUUCGAAACCAGCCUCAGGUACGACGACUCCGAGCAGAGCAGGACCAUCGAAAAGUGCGAUUCCACAACGGCAUGCUCCAGAAGAACGAGUCUCACAACUUAGACAGGAUAUCGAAGGAUUGGGCUUGUCCAAAGUACGUGAGCCAGGAAGUGUGAUUGGAUCAGAUGGCACGGCCAGUGUUCGUGGUACAAGUGUUCCUGGAACACCACGUGUUGCAAUGGCUCAUGAAAGAAUCAUCGAAGAAUAUCGACAACAGCAAGAAAGUGAGAGUGCGAAAAAGCGACUUAAUCUGGUUGUUGUAGGUCAUGUGGAUGCAGGUAAAUCAACAUUGAUGGGAAGAUUGCUGCACACAUUGGGAUCUAUAACCGACAAAGAAUAUACCAAUAACGAACGUGCCAGCGCAAAGAUUGGAAAAGGAAGUUUUGCAUAUGCAUGGGCAUUGGAUUCCAGUCAAGAAGAACGUGAGAGAGGUGUGACGAUUGAUAUUGCACAAGAUCAUUUUUCGACGAAAGAUCGAAUGUUUACACUCUUGGAUGCACCUGGACAUCGUGAUUUCAUACCCAAUAUGAUCAGUGGAGCAGCUCAAGCUGAUGCUGCUUUGCUUGUGAUUGAUGCAAGCUUGGGUGCAUUUGAAGCUGGAUUUGGACCUAACGGUCAGACAAGAGAGCAUGCACUGCUAGUCCGCAGUCUUGGGGUGCAGCAGCUGGUAGUCGUUGUGAACAAGAUGGACGCAAUCGAUUUUGAUCAAUCACGUUACCAAGAGAUCGAAGCGACAAUCCGACCUUUCUUGACGACUAGCGGUUUCGAUGCUUCAAAAGUGCGAUUGGUGCCAUGCGGUGCAUUUGUGGGUGAAAAUCUUGAAACAAGAAAGGAAGGAGGCAAGCUUUCGCAAUGGUACACUGGACCAACUCUGGUUGACAUUCUGAACACGUUAGAGCCACCAAGACGUCAAUUGGACGCACCACUACGCAUGCCGAUCACCAACGUUUUUCGAGCUGGACAGACGGCAAUCUCAUCUGGAAUUGGAGUCUCAGGCCGUUUGUUGGCAGGAGUUCUCUCGGUUGGAGAUCGGUUGAGUAUCGUACCAGGGGAUGAAAGUGGGAUUGUGAAAGCGAUCGAAUAUGAUAGCGAAAGUGUUCCUUGGGCGGUAGCAGGAUCAUCAGUGACGGUAUACAUGACAAGCAUUGAGAUGAACUUCAUUACGAUUGGUGCGAUUUUAUGCCCACCUUCUGCGCCUGUGCCAACGGCAACAUCAUUCAUCGCUCAAUUGCUCAUAUUUGAGCCAAGCUUACCAAUCUUGGCGGGCACUACACUCGACUUACAUCAUCACUCAUCCAAUCUUAGCGUAACAGUGAGCGAAUUGAUUGCAACUUUGGACAUGAAAACGGGUGCUGUGCUAAAAUCAAAACCAAGAGUGUUGAGUAGAGGCGCAACGGCAAAAGUUCGGAUAACCUUGAAUGCCCCUUUGGCAAUCGAUACCUUUGCCAACAAUCGAGAUUUGGGUAGGAUUUUAUUAAGAAUGCAUGGAGAAACAGUAGCAGCUGGUAUCGUACAAGAACUCGCAUGA